AAAACUCUUCUUUUCCCCCUCCUCUCUCUCUCAUCAAUACUUCAAUUCCUUCCUCUGUAAAACCCACUCUGGUUUCGUUUCUCUCUCUCCCAUUCACAUUCAUUCUUUGCUUCAACCCUUUUAAAAUCACGAGAUCCCCACCAUUUCUCCCUUUCCCCUCUCUCUCCCCUUCUUCAUAAUCAUCUCUCCCUCUCUCGCCAUUGCCGCCUCCGCAUUGCCGGCGAUAAUCCCAAAGACUGCUCCUUUCCCCCAAAACCACGACUCCCAAACCUAAUUGAACAAAUGUCGGCCAAAAUCAAACCCGAAUUAGGCCUCGAUUCGCUCUCCGAUCGCCUCCGGACCACCCUCCCCUACGCCGAGGCCGAUUGCGCCGCCAACAAGCCGGAUUUCCGCGAGCUCGAUCUCGGCUCGCCGGUCUCCCCUCUCCGAACCCGAACCGCCGCCGCCACAACCACCACCACCACCACCACCACGAGCAGCAGCUCCAGCUCCUCCGGAUCCGUUUCGGGUCGGAACCCUAACCCGAUUCCGCCGCGGAAAUCCGAUUCCAAUUCGGGAGAGCUCUCCGCCGAGAGCUCUCCCUCUCCCUCCGCAACCCGGAGCUUCAAACCGGGCCACACCCGGUCCGAUUCGACCGGUUCCCACCCCGGUUCAGUGUCCUCUCCGCCUCUAAACGUGCUUCCCACCGGCAACAUUUGCCCCUCCGGCCGGAUUUUGAAAACCGGGAUGGCGAGCCGGUCCGCGAAAACCGAUGUGUUGGGUUCCGGUUCGGUUAAUUACGGCCACGGCAGCAUAAUGCGGGGCGGUCUUGCUUCAAAACCGGGUUUAGACGCCUCCCCUCCGGCUUUCUCGAGAGGGCUGAUGGUGGGGGGCGAGCCGGUAAAGAGGGCGGCGCCGCCGCCUGCCAUCGGCGCCGCCGAUCCGGAGGAGGUGAAGAGAAUGGGGAAUGAGAGCUACAGAAAGGGGAAUUUUGCGGAGGCUUUGAGCCUUUAUGAUAAAGCGAUCGCUUUGUCGCCGGGGAAUGCGGCCUACCAUUUUAACCGGGCGGCGGCGCUGAUGGGGCUGCGGCGGCUGGUGGAGGCGGCGAGGGAGUGUGAGGAGGCGAUUGGGUUGGAUCCGGGCUAUGUCAGGGCUCACCACCGCUUGGGAUCUCUGCUUCUUAGCUUAGGUCAUAUUGAGAAUGCGAGGAAACAUAUUUGUUUUAUCGGGCACCAACCGGAUCCUGUUGAGCUGCAAAAGUUGCAGUCUGUAGAAAAGCACAUGAGCAAGUGUACUGCUGCACGAAGAGGUGGUGAUUGGAGGAGUAUGUUGAGGGAAGUUGAAGCAGCCAUUGCAUCUGGAGCUGAUGCUUCGCCUCAGUUUUGCUCGUGUAGGGCGGAAGCUCUUUUGAACCUCCAUCAACUAGAAGAUGCAUUUUUGGCGUUGCCAAGUAUCCAUAAUUCUGGUCCGUCUUCCCAUCUCCAUUCCCAGUCGAAGAUAUUCGGGAUGCUUUUCGAAGCAUAUCUGUAUUUCGUGAAAUCCCAAAUUGAGUUGGCGAAAGGAAGGUUUGAUAGCGCUGUGACAGCCAUUGAGAAGGCUGGACAGAUAGACCCUCGCAACGUUGAAAUAGCAGUUCUACUUGGCAAUGUGAGGCUGGUUGGGCGUGCUCGUGCUCGUGGUAACGAAUUAUUCAAAUCAGAAAGGUACACCGAGGCGUGCUCAGCUUAUGGGGAAGGCCUCAAACACGAUCCUUCGAAUUCUGUUCUCUACUGCAACAGAGCGGCUUGCUGGUUUAAGCUUGGCAUGUGGGAACGUUCAGUUGAUGAUUGUAACCAAGCCCUCCGUAUCCAACCCAAUUACAUCAAAGCUCUGCUUCGGAGGGCUGCCUCAAAUAGCAAGCUCGAGCGGUUGAGUGAAGCUGUGAGAGAUUAUGAGGUGUUGAGACGGGAACUCCCGGAUGACAAAGAAGUCGCUGAAUCUCUGUUCCAUGCCCAAGUUGCUUUGAAGAAAUCUCGAGGAGAAGAGGUACAUAACAUGAAAUUUGGCGGGGAAGUGGAGUCUGUUUCGGGUCUUGAGCAGUUCCGAGCUGCUGUCUCAUCACCUGGUGCAUCUGUGGUCCAUUUCAAGACGAGCUCCAGUGCAGAAUGCAAACAGAUAUCUCCGUUUCUUGACACAUUAUGCACCAGAUACCCGUCUAUCAAUUUUCUCAAGGUGGAUAUCGAAGACAGUGCUUCAAUAGCUCAUGCUGAGAACGUCCGAAUAGUGCCAACGUUCAAGAUAUACAAAAGGGGCACGCGAGUGAAGGAAAUGAUCUGCCCGAGCCCCGAGGUCUUGGAGUCAUCGGUGAGGCAUUACAGCAUAUAAGAAAGAUGAUGAUUCUUGUUUGAUAUAUGCAUUCCUGUCUAAGAAAAAAGUCCGGGUUAGUCGGAAAAAUCACACCUUGACAUUAGUUCCAUCUCUUGCCUAAUAACCUCAAUAGGAUCUGUGGAAUCAAUCAACAUAGAGUAGUAGCCUUUGCCCUUAAAAAUUCAUUCUUUCGUCCGAUCCCGUCUUCGUCUUCGGCCCUUCUUCUCUUCCCAUUUAUAUCUUUUUAUCUUUACCAUUUCUAGUUAGACCAGAGCCUGUUCCUAGUAAAUGUUCACUGGAGAAAGGAGUAGUAGUGAGGGAUGUGUACAAUUAUUUGCCUUUGGAUCUUUAGUUGAAAGUUUAGAGGAAGAGAGAGAGAGGAUGUGUGUAUGUACAUAAUGUGAUGAUGAAAUAUACACAAGACUGGAAGGGCCCCUUUGGAGGAAAUGAAAUUGUGUGGUGGGUACUUAUGUAUUGGGUUGGUGAAAGAAGGAUGAGGUCAUUGAUAUUCAUGUUUCUUUGUUCAAUCAUUUAAUCAAUAAUAAACAAAAAAUUCUACAUUUUUUUUUUCAUUUGGAUGUUUCUUCCAUGUAUUAUCAUUGUAGACCAUGUAAACACCUUCAUAUUUAUACAGAUCUUUUUUAUUUUA